GACAAAGUUUAGCGGUGCCGUUUUUCAGCCCUAAUACAGUAUGUCCUGCCAAGCUGCGUUUCUUGGCGACGUUUCAAGUUUCUGAAGACUCUCUAAGUCGCUCAUCAGAUGUCACUUCCACAAGGAACGCCACUGUACUCUGUCGACUUGGGCGACGCUGCUCUGAUUGAUUCUGGAAGUUCUGCGGACACUUGGUAUCGAAGAAUCAGAUGCAUUGCCAAUUGAUGUCAUUGUCAUGUUGCUCAGCUCCCAUCGCUAGGUAUUUAUUUUAGUAGCCCAGAGUCAAAGCAAUGCUUUCAAAUAGUAAAGUUCCCCUUUCUAAUAACCUUUUGCAUCACGCCACUGCCGUCGGUUGUUUCAAGGUGAAGAUUGACUCAAGCAACCCGCUUCUUCAGGCAAAGCGCACUUUGGGAUGAUGGGAUCGAUCACUCGUCCACCAACUCCACCAUCAGAAGAGGAGGAAGGUUUGAAAGCGCCGACAAUUCAGGAUAUUGUAAAUAUGCGGCUUAUUCAGAGUGGUGAGAAAGAGCGACUCAAGGAGUUGUUACGGGAGCGAUUAGUGGAGUGUGGGUGGAAAGACGAUUUGAUAGCUGAUUGUCGAAAACGCGUGAGAGAAGCUGGCCGUGGGGCUGUAACAAUCGACAACCUCGUCAAAACCAUUACACCAAAAGGCAGAGCUACCGUACCUGCUAGUGUAAAAGCUGAACUCUUACAGCGGAUACGAAGUUUCUUAGAUGAGACAUAGUUGUUCAGGACAAAGCCGUUCUGAAUUCGCUUAAGCAGCCGAUCUUUCAAUGGUGAGAAUUCAACAGCAUGAGCCGUCUGGUGCACCUCUCAUUGUGUCUGUGGCAGAUCUAGGCUGAUAACAUACCAAUGACAGUCACGUUUCUCUCAGUGAAUGAUCUGAUGUUUGGAGUAAGAUAGUGGAUCAUGGCCAGAUCAUUUACUCAUCCACCCUCUGCGGCCCGUGGAAAAAGGUCAAUUUGCGGUAUAUCUACGAGUGAGCGAUUGGACUUCGUCUUGCUGCACCUCGGCCC